CUGCAAGUCCAGGCAGGAGGACUAGGAGAAAGCCUGAAAAUCUAACAGCUGGAGUGUGUGUGGUAGCUGCUUUCCUGUGGUAAACUGAUUUACUUGUUUAAGGUCUGACCUCAUCAUCCUGUCAGCAUGGGUUUCCACCUACACUGUUAGCUGCAGCUUUCUGUUUCAGCUAGAAGGCUUGAAUCAUUCACAGUGUACCACAGGCAUUGGGGGAGGGGAGAGAAAGCUAGAAAGACUGUUCUCUCGGCACUUGUGCUUUUGUUAGUUCUACAGAGAAGGCGGAGAAACAAGAGAUAACAAAGGAUUCGUUUCCUUUCUGUGAGAGAAGGCUUUUGUCUUUCCUGCAACGAUGUCAGUGUCCAGCAAGAAGGAAUUCGAUGUGAAACAGAUCCUAAGGCUGCGCUGGAGGUGGUUUAGUCAUCCUUCUCAAGGUUCGCCCAACACUGGAAGCUGCCUUCAGCAGGAAGGAUAUGAGCAUAGAGAGACCCCGGUUCAGGGCAGGCUGAAGAACCACCCUUGGGAUAGAAACAGACUGAAGAAAAGCAAUAGUCCUGUCCACCACAAUAUAUUGGCACCAGUGCCAGGACCAGUCCCUGCCUAUCAAAGAGACCUUCAGAACUGGCACCAACAAAAACUGAUAGAACAUCUUCAGACAAAUGAAGAUACUCCUAAAGCAGUUCCAGAGGAGAAUUUGUUCAAAGAAGCCUUUGAAAAACGCUCACAAGAUUUGGAGAUGAUGGUUGAUGAAAAUAUAGAAGAUUCUAGAGCAAGAUCUGAUAUAAAACACCCUGAAGAAAUGAAUGUCACCAGAUCUGAGGAACAAUUCCAUGCUCUAAACCAUGCAGAGCAAACUCUUCGCAAAAUGGAGAACUACUUGAAAGAGAAGCAACUGUGUGAUGUGCUACUUGUUGCUGGACACCUCCGAAUCCCAGCUCACAGAUUGGUUCUCAGUGCAGUGUCUGAUUAUUUUGCUGCAAUGUUUACAAAUGAUGUGCUAGAAGCCAAACAAGAAGAAGUCAGGAUGGAAGGCAUAGAUCCAAAUGCACUUAAUUCCUUGGUGCGGUAUGCUUACACAGGUGUUCUGCAAUUGAGAGAAGAUACCAUUGAAAGUUUGCUGGCUGCAGCUUGUCUCCUGCAGCUGACUCAGGUCAUUGAAGUCUGCUCCAGUUUUCUCAUAAAGCAACUCCAUCCUUCAAACUGCUUGGGUAUUCGAUCAUUUGGAGAUGCCCAAGGAUGUACAGAGCUUCUGAAUGUGGCACAUAAAUUUACUAUGGAACAUUUCACUGAAGUAAUAAAGAACCAAGAAUUCCUCCUGCUUCCAGCUAAUGAAAUUUCAAAACUUCUGUGCAGUGAUGAUAUUAAUGUGCCCAAUGAAGAAACCAUUUUUCAUGCUCUAAUGCAGUGGGUGGGGCAUGAUGUACAGACUAGGCAACAAGACCUGGCGAUGCUGCUUUCUUACAUCAGACUGCCAUUACUUCCACCACAGUUACUGGCAGAUCUAGAAAACAGUUCCCUGUUUACUGGUGAUCUUGAGUGUCAAAAGCUCCUGAUGGAAGCUAUGAAGUAUCAUCUCUUACCUGAGAGAAGGCCCAUGAUGCAAAGCCCAAGGACAAAGCCUAGAAAAUCAACUGUGGGGGUACUUUAUGCUGUGGGAGGCAUGGAUGCUAUGAAAGGUACUACUACAAUUGAAAAAUAUGACCUCAGGACCAACAGUUGGCUACAUAUUGGCACCAUGAGUGGUCGUAGGCUUCAAUUUGGAGUUUCAGUUAUUGAUAAUAAGCUAUAUGUUGUGGGAGGAAGAGAUGGUUUAAAAACUUUGAAUACUGUGGAAUGUUUUAAUCCAGUUGGAAAAAUUUGGACUGUGAUGCCUCCCAUGUCAACACAUCGGCAUGGCUUAGGUGUAGCCACACUCGAAGGACCAAUGUAUGCUGUAGGUGGUCAUGAUGGAUGGAGCUAUCUAAAUACUGUAGAAAGAUGGGACCCUGAGGGACGCCAGUGGAAUUACGUGGCCAGUAUGUCAACUUCUAGAAGCACAGUUGGUGUUGUUGCAUUAAACAGCAAAUUAUAUGCUGUUGGUGGACGUGAUGGAAGUUCUUGCCUCAAAUCAAUGGAAUACUUUGACCCACACACUAACAAAUGGAGUCUAUGUGCUCCAAUGUCCAAAAGACGUGGAGGUGUGGGAGUUGCCACAUAUAAUGGAUUUUUAUAUGUUGUAGGAGGACAUGAUGCUCCUGCUUCUAACCAUUGCUCCAGGCUUUCUGACUGUGUGGAACGAUAUGAUCCAAAAAGUGACUCAUGGUCAACUGUGGCACCUCUGAAUGUACCUCGAGAUGCUGUUGCGGUAUGCUCUCUUGGAGACAAACUCUACGUGGUUGGAGGAUAUGAUGGACAUACUUAUUUGAAUACUGUUGAGUCAUAUGAUGCACAGAAAAAUGAAUGGAAAGAGGAAACUCCUGUUAACAUUGGAAGAGCUGGUGCAUGUGUUGUAGUAGUGAAGCUAUCCUAAAGCUCCCUUUAUCAAAGCAAAUGAAACUGAAUCAUUUCAAGAAACGGGAUAUCAGAAGAAGAGAGAAAGAAAAAAACGUGUUAUUAUAUGCACUUAAUAAUUAAACUGGAAAAUAAUUUUGUCAUUAUUACACAUAAUUAUAAUUAUUCUCGUUUAUGAAGCCAAAACGAGUUUUUAAACCUGAAUGACAUGAGGGUUAAGAGUAUGUGUUGUCACAGCUCAUAAUAUGAAAGAAAAUCCAGUAGUUUAGGUUUAUCCUCAUUACUAUAAAAUGUUUAAAUAGUAAAUAAAAAUUGAUGGCGAUCAAAGUGUUAGAUUUCAAAAACAAAAUGUACUCUUAUCUAGAAUACAAUUUCAUAUAAAAGAGAAUAUCUAAAACUUAAAAUAGAAAGUCUGAUUUUCAGUAGGAUAUCAGUCUCUUAUUCAAACAAUAUCCUCAACAACUGAAUUAACACCUCAUAUUUAUCAAGAGGACAGAUCUUAUUGUGUUGAGGCUAAAAAACUGGCUCAUUGACAAAAUUUGUUAUGCUAAUCACAGUAUGUCAAAAUUUUUACAAGCUUACUUUUUUUCAGUAACCAUAUGCCAGAGCACACAUAUAGAUUUCUUAACAUAUUGUCUUGAUAGAUUUUUUUUUACCAAGAAAGUAUUAUUGUAAUUUAAUAUACACAAUCCAUCCAACAAAAUAGUGAUAUUUAUCAUAUUGAUGUAAACUGUGACCUCAGCUUCAGAAUGUCAGGGCCUAACUUGUAUAGAACUUAAUAUUCUCCUCAAAUAUUUAUGUGAACGCUGUAAACAAAUAUAAUUAAGUUAAACAUGUUUUCAAAACAAAAUAAGACCAUUACCUUG